AUGGCCCUGAUCUCGGAUUUGCUUUCCGCCUCGGCGCAUCUUCACAAUCCCAUGGCCAGCGAGGAAUACGAUCGUCGGAUUCGGGAGCUCGUGGAUUACUUGAAAAAGCUGCUAUCUACCAAGACCCUCGACUCCUCUGCCAACGACGAAUCCUCCCUCGAUCAUCUUGACCCGUCGGCAGAUUCGAUCGCAUAUCUUUACGUGCUUGGUGCGCAAAUCCAAAGGGCACAGGAGCGAAGCGGCAACCCAUACCCAGCAGACAUCCGCCCUGCGGGGAAACUAUGGACACGCGCUGCUCAAUUUCUGACAAAAUUUGAUCGCGUUCAGGUCAGGUACACGGGGCGAGAGUGGCGCCAGCUUCUCGAGGUUGUUGCGCAAGCUUCACUGGCUGCAUCAAAGCCUCUCUUGGGUGCGAAAUUGGUUCGAGAUGCUAUGAUUCGACUGGAUCCAUCCGCUACCGUUUUCACAUCAAACCAUGUCUUGCUUGUGAAGCUUUGUCUGCAGGCCAAGGCAUAUUCCUACGCACUGCCAAUUCUGAACAAACACAUCUGUCAUUUCCCAACCUUGCCUGAACCAUCCACUUCAGAGCAAUCUAAAAUAUGUGCAGAUAAUGCUUCGAGUGUUUCCUUCAUCACUAGUGCCUCCGGGUUUUCAUCAAAACUCUCCUAUCAAGAUUAUCUGCGAUACUUCCUUUAUGGUGGUAUGAUCUACAUGGCACUCAAGGAGUGGCGCAGUGCGCUUCACUUCCUUGGAGCUGCCGUUUCUAUGCCUGUUACCAGCUCCGUGAGCUUGAUCAUGGUGGAAGCCUACAAAAAAUGGAUUCUGGUUGGACUUCUUGAAAAGGGCAAGGUUAGUGAGGCUCAGCGACAGCAGUGCUCGGACGAGAGAUUCUGCAUUCACAUGGCCGCUAUGCUCUCCCCGAGUAUCACGACGCCCCAUGUUGUGAAGCUAUAUCAAUCGCUCGCGAGGCCAUAUGUUUCACUUGCUCAGGCUUUCGAGCGUGGUGAUAUGAAGCGACUUAGAGGAGAAGUGGAUGCUGCCAUGGAAAUAUGGUACAUGGAUAACAACUUUGGUCUUGUCACUCAAGUCGUUGAUGCUUUCUUCCGCCAAACUGUCGUCAAACUUGGAAAGACCUUCGCAGCUUUAACGGUGGCGGAUCUUGCUAAGCAGAUUUUUCCCUCGCCUGCAGAGAAAACGGUGACUGAAUCCGAUGUAUCUUCACUCAUAAUGUCAGGCGCUUUAGACGCCUCGUUGGUGCAGAAGCAAGAUCCCACCGAACUAUCUAUCUUGCGGUUUUCAACGUCUCUCUCUUUCCCUCGACUGUCACAUGAGCUCGACAUACAAUCACAUCUGAAGAAAGAGCGACUAUUGAUGGAAAAUUUGGUGCGCAAUCUCGAGGAAAUCAACAACGCCAUAGGGAUGAGUGAAGAGUGUCUCGACAAUCUUCAAAGAGGCCAGGCAUGGGCGGCCUCCAAUGGAACGAACCCUACACCCGCAGAGGGGGGUCUUGAAAUGGACGAAGAUUUGAUGGGUGAUAUGUCCUAA